AUGUAUGUGAUAUACACACUUUGGGCCCUUUCGGCUAUACCCUACGGCUGCAUCCUCAAGAUGUUCACUGGCCCUAUGCCAGCUGCUCCCAGCCAUCUCAGCCUCUUCCGCCGCCUCGAGUACUACCUGUAUCAUCACGUCUAUAGACAAACGCUCUUGGCAGUCUCUGUAUUCGCGAUGUUCGGAUAUUUGCUCAUCGCGAUCGAAGAAGGGCUACACGGUCGGCUAUUCAAGGACAAUCAGCUUUUUCUAGACUUCCUGACUUCUAUGGCGACCAUCGCAGUUGCUUGUCUCUUUGGUACAGUAUAUGGCAGACGUGCAUCCCCGGAGGCUGAGGCGCAGGUGGUUGAGGAGACAAACGAUCUCUAUCUUACUGUCGUGCAGUACUAUUGGUACUAA